AUGAGUGAGUCAUCGAAAGAAGAACAAACAUCGACAUGUCAGGAUGGAACUUUGGAUUUUUGGAUACAACGAUGGCAACAAAAUAAAAUUGGUUUUCAUCGAACUGUUGUCAGCUAUUUGUUUGAGAAGCAUAUGAUUCCAAAACUGACUGCAGCACAAGAACAACUAUGUGUUCUUUUUACUUUAUGCGGUAAAACAUUGGACAUGAUAGCAGUUUUAGAAGCGGGUCAUCGUGUUAUUGGCAUUGAAGGAUGCCAAAGUGGUGUAGAAGCAUUCUUUCAAGAAAAUAAUAUUAAAUACGAGAUUGAAAAAGACGAAACGAAUAAAUGUCAAACUUACAAAGGUACCGAGUGUCCAUUAACUAUAUACGUUACUGAUUUUUUCACAUUUAACAAACCACUUCCACCUAUUGAUUAUAUAUGGGAUCGUGGAGGACUUGUAGCUAUCAAUCCGUCGACUCGGGAACAAUACCGGGAUCGCCUUAUUCGAAUCAUGGCACCUGAACGCACUCAACUCUUUGUCGUAGCUAUAAACUACACUGAUCUAACUUAUACUGGUCCUCCUUUUGUUGUGAAUGAUGAUAACGUUCAGACAUUGUUUGGUUCAACAUGUUCAUGUGAACUUGUCGAAGCCCAUGAUGAAACAGAAGAAUAUAAUUCGCGUGUGGUUAGUCGUAUCGAUUUCAUGGAAGAACGUCUUCAUUUAAUUGUACAAAAACAAACGUGA